AUGAAGCCAACGUCGGCGCUUGCUUCGCCGUUCUGGCACUCGUCCCACCUAAUUAACCUCGCUGUCAAUAGCCUCAUUCCUGUUUAUCUGAUACACACCGGCCAACUGCCUGAUGUCCAGAGUCUCGUCUUCCACAGCGAUGUGGCCGACAGCAUGUCUCGAUUUGUCAAUUUCGCUCGCUCUUGUUUAUGCGACCUGCUUAACCUCCUCCACAAUGCCACAUUCCCGGCACUCCAUCUCCAACAGUCCCUUGAAAGCCAUACGAUACAGCCCCCUGCCUUUCAACAGCCUGAUCACCUUUGCAAAACACGCCAUCCUCGCUCGUCCUCGGCUUACCACGCUUCAAGUCGACCUACACGGCACAUCUAUCCGGAGUCCUGGGUCACCGCUCGCGUUCUCACUUGCAUUUGCGGUUCUGCAGACUUCUCUGGACGAGGAAACCCGUCUUCCACCCUGCCCGUCUCCAUCCUGCUGAAAACGCCUGUUCCGAUAUGGUCCCUUCCCAUGAACCAACCACAGGCCUCUGAGCCCCAAAACACCGGGUUUCAAAACGACAACAGCCUUAUACCCACCCGCCCUUCAGGACGGACUUCUCUGCUUCCAUCUUCGACAUCCAAGCGUGACGACACCCACACACGUAUCACGGCACAGAGAGAGGGGGGGGAGGGCGAUGGAGAUUGGAGGGAGCACGGAUUCCCGCCGUCUGUUCUUCCCACACAGUAUUCGCAUCUACCCGCCGCUUCGAGUAAUCCCCCCAUCCUCAAACGAAACCACGUGCCCGCGCAGAGCCGCACCCAACACACUCUCCGUCAUCCGUCCUCCUGGAACCAAUCGAACAGAUCCGAUUCAUGA